GUAGGGGGAGGCUAGAUGGUUAGCUCGGUGUAACCUAGUUUAUAACAGCAGGCGUUACAUCACGUUGGGUCGUGUCCCACCUGGGAAGCCUAAAGGAAGCUAACUCUUCGUUAUUAAUAUAAUAGCGUGCUAAUAUGGCACACUGACCAGAUUAAAAAAUAAAAGAGCGACAGCUUUAGUGACUUAGCAAAUUUGUUGUUUUUUGUAGAGGAGGCUGUCUAAACGCUGCUGCUUUCAGCGGGCACUGUUUUGAGACAGAAGAAGACAUGUCCUGUCCGUGCACCUCGGCUGCCAGGUUGUUCCUAAACACGGCCCACAGAGGAUUAUCAUGUUCCCGAAUCCAGCUGUUUUCCCUGAGUCGCCAGGGGUCUCGGGAAGCUCAUUUUCAUCCACGUGUGUGUGUGAGGUCGUUUUCAGAGACCGCCGUCUGUUUCGCUGCUAAAGACGGGACAACAAAGGACAGCGGGAAUGACUGUGGAAAGAAAAGUGUCGGUGAUGGGAAGAGAAUGUCUGGCUCUGGAGGGUCAGGCAAAGGUGGAGGCCAGCUACGCUGCCCUAAAUGUGGAGACCCCUGCACACAUGUAGAGACCUUUGUGUCAUCAACACGCUUUGUCAAAUGUGAGAAGUGUCAUCACUUUUUCGUCGUCUUGUCCGAAACGGACUCUAAAAAAGGGCUAAACAAAGAGCCAGAGUCGGCCGCUGAGGCGGUGAAACUGGCGUUCGCACAGAAACCUCCUCCACCUCCUAAGAAGAUUUACGCCUAUCUGGACAAGUAUGUUGUUGGCCAGUCGUACGCAAAGAAGGUCUUGGCAGUGGCGGUGUAUAAUCACUACAAGCGCAUCUACAACAACAUCCCUGCAGGGAGCCGACAGCAGGUGGAGGUGGAAAAACAGCCGUCUUUAACACCACGAGAGCUAGAGAUGAGAAGACGAGAGGAUGAAUACAGAUUCACAAAACUGCUACAGAUCGCAGGGAUCAGUCCUCACGGGAACGCCCUCGGAGCAACCAUGCAGCAGCAUGCGAGCCAGCAGCCGCCUCAGGAGAAGAGGGGCGGGGAGAUCCUGGACUCCACUCACUCUGACAUUAAACUGGAGAAGAGCAACAUUAUACUUCUAGGUCCUACUGGUUCAGGAAAAACUUUGCUGGCACAGACGUUGGCACGCUGUCUUGAUGUCCCGUUUGCAAUUUGCGACUGCACCACUCUCACGCAGGCUGGAUAUGUGGGAGAAGACAUCGAGUCGGUGAUUGCCAAACUUCUGCAAGACGCAAAUUAUUCAGUGGAGAAAGCACAACAAGGUAUUGUGUUCCUGGAUGAAGUUGAUAAGAUUGGCAGCGUGCCUGGAAUCCAUCAGCUAAGAGAUGUGGGCGGAGAGGGAGUUCAGCAGGGUUUGCUGAAACUCCUGGAGGGUACAAUCGUCAACGUUCCAGAGAAAAACUCCAGGAAACUAAGAGGGGAAACGGUGCAGGUCGACACCACUAACAUUCUGUUUGUGGCUUCGGGAGCUUUCAACGGCCUCGACAGGAUAAUAAGCCGAAGAAAGAAUGAAAAGUAUUUGGGAUUUGGAACACCCUCCAACUUAGGGAAGGGGCGCCGAGCAGCCGCUGCGGCAGACCUGGCCAACAGCAGCGGGGAGACGGACGCGGUUGCGGAGAUCGAGGAGAAGGACCGGCUGCUGAAGCUCGUUGAGGCAAGGGACCUGAUUGAGUUCGGGAUGAUUCCGGAGUUUGUUGGCCGUCUUCCUGUCGUCGUUCCUCUGCACAGCCUAGAUGAGGAUACACUGGUCCGAAUCUUGACUGAACCACGCAAUGCUGUGGUUCCACAGUACCAGGCUCUGUUCAGCAUGGACAAAUGUGAACUUAAUGUGACCCAGGAUGCUUUGAGAGCCAUCGCCAGAUUGGCUUUGGAGAGAAAAACAGGAGCUCGUGGCCUGAGAUCCAUUAUGGAAAAACUUCUUCUUGAGCCCAUGUUUGAGGUGCCUCACUCUGAUAUCGUUGCUGUUGAGCUGGACAAAGACGUCGUUCAGGGAAAAUCACAGCCUAGAUACAUCCGAGCCCCAGCCAAGGAUUCAGCAGAGGAGGAGUACGACUCCGGCAUUGAGGAGGAGAACUGGCCCCGGCAGGCCGAUGCUGCUAACAACUGAACCAUGUCUCUCAUUUCAUCUCAAAUCAAUAGGUUACCAUGAACCUUCUGGAUACCACGUCUGGUACCAGCUCUUUUUAUUACGGCACCUGACAAAUAAAAACCAUUGACACUGAGGAAGAUGAACAAGUUAAGAGAGAGUAACAAUCUUUGGUCUUUUUGCAUCAGAUAAUAAAUCUCUAGCGCUGCACUCGGUGUGGACCUUUUAUGAUAUAUUUCAAUCUCUGGGGAUUGUUAACAUUUUAUCUAUAUAAAGAUAAUACAAUUUUAUUCAAAAAAAUAUUUGUAGGUAGUUUGUAUCCUCUCUUUGUGCUGAUUGGCUGUAAUAGAAAGGGCAGCAAAUGGCAUUCAUGGGGAUCAUAUUGUAGACAUGCUGAGAGAGUGUAGACGUGAUGUUACCGUGUCAAGAAAUGCCUUAAAUCACAAGGGUGUGAUAUUCUACAAACACAUCAAUAUUUUGAUGGUUUCUUCCUCUACCACCAUUGUGAUAAUGGUUCAUAAAGUGAAAUCAGUUGUAAAUGUUAAGCUAUGAUGCGCGAGUACUGUUUGUAAUACAUGAGUUAGAGUUAGGAGACCACACUGAGGUAGAAACACACCAGCACAUUAAAUACGGCAGGUGAAAGAUCAGUUUUAAACAGCCAGAUUGGUAUUUUUCCAUCUUCCACCCUGUAGUCAACUCCUUAGGAAUUUAUUUACCUGAAGACCUCUGGCUGGAUUUACAGAGCAGCAUUUAGAAGACUAAAAUGUGUACAUUUCUAAAGUGAUAAAACAUCCCAUUUUGCUUUUGCGGUUUUUCCCCUGGAAUAUUACAGUAAAUCAUACCCUGAAAUCAGUUGAACCAGGUUUGGUUUUAAUUUUCAAAUCAUUGCGAUGUUAACCAGGCUCCCUCUGCAGAAUUGCAGAUACUUUCCUUUUUUCAUGUGAGAACCUGUGUCUGAAUCUCACUUCACCUCCUGUGAUGUCACAUCCUGUUACUAAACCUUGGUGCGCUUGUUCAAUCAAGACGCCGUUCAUAAGGUCUCAGACCUCACCAAGCUGCUGUGCUCUUUACCAUUAAAAUUUGACCAGAUCCGUUUCCUCUUUGCUUUAAGUUUUAUUUUUCUUUCUGCAAGGCUCUAAGCUGCUUUAAUUUCAGAGGUCUGUUACAGAAAUUGUAUUUAAAAGAAAAGCUCCCCUCCCCAAAAGCUUGUCAAUCCUAAAUUUAUUGUGAUUGUGUAAAAUGUAUAAAUAAAAUAUAUCGGAGUACAAA